AUGCGAUCACUGGUGCUCUCAUGGCGUCUUCUUCUUCCCCAUCCCCUGUCCACAUCGAGGGACCCUGGCUUUUUAAAAGGGACAACCAACCGACGAAGGAAAGCCAUGAGGGCGGACUUCACCCUCUCCAAUCCCCCCUCCCCCAAGAAGUUCCCAUUCAAUUGUAGACUUCGCUCCUGUACCCAGGGCGGCGACCUGAAACCCCCCCACCAGGUAAUGACGGCGAUCGCAGACCAUAUCUAA